GCCGUCCUAGGCCCUUCUUACUUCCAGAAUCGGCAAAGACCCAAAGUCGCGCGAGAAACCCCAGCGCGGCCAGUAGCCAAAUCGAGAGAGAGAGAGAGAGAGGGAGCGCGCGCCGACCGCCAAGAUCCAGAGAACGCCGCCGGACGCCUCCGCUGCUCCGCACCCUCCAGAAUUCCCGCAUAGCGGUAGAGUUCAAAUGAAUCCAUUAACAUUAGUAAAGCGUAUCCAGAACAUAAAUGCAAAGGAAGCCGCAUUAGGUCUAUCCGAAGAUGCUUCGUGGCACGCCAAGUACAAAGAAUCAGCUUAUGUUUUUGUUGGUGGGGUCCCCUAUGACCUCACUGAAGGCGAUCUACUGGCCGUUUUUGCUCAAUAUGGCGAGAUAGUUGAUGUGAAUCUUGUUAGAGAUAAGGGUACUGGAAAGUCAAAAGGCUUUGCUUUCGUUGCUUAUGAGGACCAGAGAAGUACAAAUCUUGCUGUAGAUAAUCUGAACGGUGCGCAAAUUCUUGGACGAAUUAUAAGAGUGGACCACGCUAGUAACUAUAAGAAGAAAGAGGAAGAGGAUGAGGAGACGGCAAGGAAGAACAGAGAAGAAAGGGGUGUGUGCCGUGCCUUUCAAAAGGGAGAAUGCAACAGGGGAGAUGGAUGCAAGUUUUCUCAUGAUGAACAAAGAGCUGCAAACACGGGUUGGGGACGUGAAGAAGAUAGACGUUCGAAAUGGGGGCAUGAAAACCAUAGUGACGUGCACAAGGAGCAUAAAAGAGUAGAUUCAGUAGAUAGGCACAGUGGAGGUGUUGAGAAGAGGCAACCAAAGCUAAAAGAAAAGGAAAUUGACAAGGAAGACUACUAUGGCGAACCAAGGUCACCGAGAGAUCGUGACAGGAUGUAUGAGAAAACAAGGAGGCACCACGAUCACGAUUCGAGAUCAAGGAAGCACGAGAAUGAUCGGAGGUCAAGGGAAGACAGUGAUAGGAGAGAGAGAUCAAGAAGACGCGAUUAAGUGGUUGGUUAUGGACCAUUUAGGGGACAGAGGUAAAGUGGUGAAUUUUUCCUUGAUGUUGAUUUUCUUGUGACCCUUGCAAAGUACACCCACCCACCAUUGGUGUGUUGAUCUGGUCUGCCCUUAAUGAUGGAUCAUGAUUGAUGACUACAAACAGUUGUAUGU